AUGCCAAAACAAUAUAUAGAAGUAAAACCAAUAACUGAUUUUGAGGAUGUGCUGGGAUACGAAUUCAAAAAUAAAGAGUUACUUUGGCAAUCAUUGACUUAUAAGUCAGCAAUAUCUGAAGGACACCCAAUGGCUUAUCAUAAUGAUCUAUCCACACUAGCAUUCCUUGGGGAUGCUGCGCUCAAAUAUGCAGUCUCACGAUAUUUAUUUCUCAAUGGACAAGAUCAAUUGGUCAAAAAGGUUUCUGAAUUGCAUAACAACACUCAGAAGAUACUUCCUGACCUUAUUUUAGCCAACAUCGCACGCGACAAACUUCAUAUUGAAGAGUAUCUUAUACGUGGGAACGCACAAAGAACUCCCAGUACAAAAAUGUAUGCAAGUUGUAUGGAAGCCAUACUUGGUGCGAUUGCUCUUGACUGCGGAACCGAUCAACAAGUAUUACUUUUUCGAGUCAUCGAAAAAUUAUGCUCUGAUCGAUACGAUACAUUACUGAUACCGGACACAACUUUCAGAUUUGUAUCGGCUUUUGAUUUUCGUGGUAACGAUGAUGAAGAUGAUGCUUCAUAG